GUCUAUUAAGGCCUUAAUGUCUAAUGAAGUGAAUUGUUUGCACCAACUGCAUUCUUUUCCUAAAGGAAUUAAGAAAAAUCUGGUGAUAUUAUAAUUGUGCGUCCUUAUAUAAUUAUCUUUGCCAGUUACAUAAUCGCCUCUGAUUUUCGCGAGGGACUGGGGCUAGUGCAUGUGGUGCAUGUGAAAACGGCAGGACGCCAAACGGCUUGUGUGUGUGCCAAGGUUGCGAAAUAUGGCGUCGGAUGAAGAAGUAUGUUCACCGCUUUUUCUCGUUUGUUUUUGUUUUAAUUUUUAAAAUAUGUGCUGUAUUUAUAUGUUUUAUACUUAUUUAAUAGUUUGGCCGUAAGGAAAACUACAGGGUUCAAACGACACCGAUGCUAGAUCAUGGAGAAGAUGAUGCUGAACGAAAAAAAUCUAAGUCUAAGAUAUCAAAGAAGAGCAAGAAGAAAGCUGAAUUGGCAGACUUAAAGAAAGAAAUAGAGCUUGUAAGAACAGAAAAUUCUAUUUGUGAACAUGUUUCAUAUUUCCUAAUGUUUUUCCUUUGUUAUAUCACCUUAUUAUCUGUAAUCUGUUCGACAGGAUUGGCAUACGAUACCUAUCGAAGAAUGUUAUCGGAGACUUGAAACAAACCCUGAGUCGGUAAGUACUGGAUAUGACUUCUAGUUAAAUUUAUAUAAAGAAACAUGGUUUUCAACAUUUUAGUGGAAACUUAGUACGCAUUUUAGUUGAACGAGGCUCCUUCAAACAAAUAAAACGUUUGAUUAAACCUUGAAAUGGCGUUGGCAACUCAGAGCAAUGCGAAUUGUAUUUUAUCCAGGCUGAUUUUUCUUUGUACGUUACUCUGUCAACAGAUUUUAAGCACGAAAUUGCUGCCCAGAAGCUGUAAAAUGUCUCGGCGAAUGAUACGCUUUCGUAAUGUUGAAUUAGGCCAAUAUAUUAUAAAUUCCAUACAAAAUAACACAGUGUUAAAAGCAAGUGAAAAUAUUAUAUUAUGAUUGGACUCUAGCAGUGCUUUGUAUGCCGCAACAUUUUGUUGCAUGCUGAUUUUCCUAUUUCAACCUUCAAUAUUGAGAAAGUCUGCGAAAUGCAUCUUUACUAAUCACCUCCAGUGUUUUAAGGUAUUUGUAUCGAAUUUCCUGAGUCAUUGAAGAUAGUAUGACAUGAAAUUUGACUGCACCUCCCUUCGCGGUAGCUCGAUAAUCUAUCCAAACAUACAUGUAGAAGUGUGUAUACGGCGAUUUAGAUAGCCUGUAAUGUGUUUUGUGCCCUCUUUUGAAACUACUUCAGUGUUUUAGUUUGUAUUAAUAUAUGAUUGCAAUCGCCAAAUUGAGAAACAAUUUUUCAUUUCAACCGCACUUACCCUUGUUGUUAAUUGCAGUGUGCCUGAGUGCAUUUAUAAUUCAUAAAUAAAAGCUAUUGGCGAACUUUUGGAAUGUGAUUCAUAUUAUUUCUCUUAGUUCAAAGUCCACAGUUUUGGUUUAGUCAACUCUUGAAACAAGAAAUAUUCUGUAAAAAUUAUAAAGUGUAUAUAUUUGACAAAUGUGGCCAAUAUUGUUAGCGAACAGGUGUCUUUCAAUAUUCUUCUUCAAUAUUAACUAUGGAUGAGCUCUGUCUUGCAAAAUUGUUUCUUUGAAAUAAAUCUUACACCAAAUUUGGUUGGUGGAGCUGAUAUUAAUGUUAGCAGAAUAUUCAAUUUCAACUCAACCUAACCAUAGUAACCAAAUUGAGGCUUGAGUUGUAUUGUUUUGUGCAAUGCAUUGGUACUAUAUAACAUUGGUACUAUAUAACUCCAGCCACAUGGAUUAUACAGAUUGUAUAUGAAUCAUGUGGUUUUCAGUGGAGUAAACUACUAGCCUGAAUUAGCCUGAAUGCUUAAAUAAAUUCCGACAUUGACCUUGAUGGCUCGAGUUACUUUACAUUGCUAGUUGCCAGGCCUGAAUAUUACUGCUGGAUUGGACACACAACAUGUUGUUCAGCAUAUUAAAAUUUUUCUUGUGAACAGCAGCCCUGCUGUGCUGGACAUUAAUUAAUGUCUGGCUGACUUGACCACUUAUUUACUAAAUUUUGCCCCCAGUGAUAUACUAUGACAAUGUAUAUAUCCCCCCUUAUAUGACGAUGUAAUUAUUGACCAUGUACACAUGACAUGUGACUCAAAAUGAUGUAUAUCUGAUGUUUUCCCUGUGAAUCACAUCUGAAUUUCAUGAACACAGUCACGACCCAUAACCACCUUAUGAUUGCAGACCUGCCAACCUUAGCAACCGAUAUAGGGAGAAUUCUUAUUGGGUCGUUCCAGAAAAUAUCUACACUCCCCCCACAGAGGAAAUUUUUGCCAUCCGGAGGGGAAGGGGAGUAACAAUUGUUUAAGAUAAUAGUAAGUGUAUUAGGACACCCGAAGGGGGUAGGGGGGUUAACUUCCAAUUUCCUCCGUGGAGGAGGUAUGGAUGUUUUCUGGAAUGACCCAUUUAAACACUUAAUUUGGUGGGAGAAUUGGCUGUUUAGAGGGGAAAACCCAUCAAAGCCUUUUUCAUUAGAGCAGUCAGAUAGUGGAUUGCUCAGACCCCUAGCUACACUCGUAGCACAAGAAACCCCUUGGCAUUAGUUAAAUUGGGCACUAUCUUGGACUGAAAGUAUGACAUGAAGAUGUGUUUUAACAAACAAAUAAAUACUUUAAUUUUGACCUUUCAAAUGUAAAUUUUCCCCGUUUAGAGUUUCACUUAUUGACAAGAAAUCCGGAUAAUUGCCAAUACCGGGAGAUAUUUUUCACUACCGAAUAUGAUAUCUAUCGAUACUGACAGUACAUAAUAGGCAGAAUAUAAUUGGCAGGUCUGUGAUUGUUACUAAUACUUAACCCACUGAGCCUUAAGUAGUGUGCUCCUGUUGACAAGUAAAAUCUUCUGGCAUUAGACAGAGUAAAAUAAUAAAGUACAGUAGGGUGCAAUGCAACUUUUAAGUUAACCCAUUAAAAUGGGUUAACUAAACACAUGGGUUGAUAGUCUGAUUAACCCAUUGAGCACCAGUGCUGACCCCUUGAUGAGUAAAAUUGUCUGGCAUUAGACAGAGUAAAAUAAUAAAGUAGGGUGCAUUGGGUCACAUUCACAGAUCUAAAAUGUAUAUAAUGUUUCAUCUAACAUGUGAAGCACCAUCUGAUCUUUUGUCUACAAAAACCCUUCAACAUUCAGUUAUAUCGAGGGAGAUGCCCCAAAUCGUAAAUUGAUGGUAGCUUUACAGGUUAAUUAAUUUUAAUUUCAUUGUUAAAUUGUAAAAUUACUGCAUAAAAUUGGUCAGUAUAGUUCAAAAACAGGAAAUUCAAAAUAAAAUUGUGAUAACCUGCAGUCCUGCACACAUUAAUGGUUAAUUGGAAAUGAAAAUUGUGUUAUUUGAAAACAAUUACAGGCACAACUACUGUAGAUAUUUAAGUUUAUUCUGACUGAUUCAUGUUUAAGUUUAUUCUGACAAAUUCCUUUAGUGUUGCUUGUGGGCCCGGCUCCGGCACACAGCACUACCGUGGGGACAAGGUUUGGCCAGUGAACUCUCUCUCUCUCUAUCUAGAACAAUAUCUAUCUAUAUAUAUAUAUAUAUAUAUAUAUAUAUAUAUAUAUAUAUAUAUAUAUAUAUAUAUAUAUAUAUAUAUAUAUAUAUAUAUAUAUAUACUAUAUAUAUACUAUAUAUAUAUAUAUAUACUAUAUAUAUAUACUAUAUAUAUAUACUAUAUAUAUAUAUAUACUAUAUACUAUAUAUAUAUAUAUAUAUAUAUAUAUAUAUAUAUAUAUAUAUAUAUAUAUUUAGUAUAAUUACAUAGGUGAUUAUUGAAAAUUCUCCACGCUGAUUGGUUGCCGUUGAGGUGAUUAUUACGCGAUAAUCACCUAAGCGAUUUUCAAAAUGGCGGCCGAAGCCUUUUUUGUCAAUUAAAUGACGAAGAAAUGUGUAUUUUUUAUUUUUUUUCCAAAUAAUCACCUUUGAAAUUAUACUAAAACAAUUAUUAUUCACCUCAGGCUCGGUGAUUAUCGUGAAUAAAAACCUCGACUUUGUCUCGGUUUUUAUUCACUGAUAAUCACCUCGCCUUCGGCGAAUAAUUGUUGAAUAUAUAUAUAUAUAUAUAGAGUUCACUGGGUUUGGCUAGUCACUUGAGAUAGUAUAAUUUAUUCCGUAUGUAGCCUAGUCCAUUACACGCGUAAAAACGCUCAGGUUGUUGCAAUAUUGAUGAAAACAGGAUUGAAUAAUGUUUUGCUGCCCACAUUGUUCACAGUUGUCAACAAUAUUGAACAAUAUUGUUACACCUGAUUCAGGCUCAACAAUAUUUAACAAUUAUUUGCCUCCGGCUCGGUGAUUAUUGGUGACUAUUCGCCGAGACGAAGUCAAGGUGAAUAUUUCCCGAUAAUCACCGAGCCUGAGGCGAAUAAUUGUUUUAGUAUUUUUGCACAAGUUUUUUUGUGUUUUUCUGCUCUGAAUUCAUUUUAAUUUCGCUUAUUUCUUUAUCACUAACUUCAACAAAACGGCUAGCCGCCAUUUUGAAAAUUUUGAUUUUGUUAUAUUCACCUGUAGGUGAAUAUAACAGAUUAAUAUGUCAAAUUUGACCAAUCACCUUGCAGGAUUUGUUAUGUUCACUUGUGCAAAAAUACUAAUGUUCAAUAUUGUUGACAAGUGUGAACAACGUGGGCAGCAAAACAUUGUUCAACCCUGUUGAGCAGCGUGCUCGGCGUUUUUUGCUGUGUAGUCCAUCUUAUUUCAUUCUAUUGACAUGCAGACUAUACAGUAUAUUGUUGAAGAUAGAGGACAGCCUAAAGCUACUGUGUUUCUAUGGCAACAAUAUAAAUUAGGUGUUUCUUGCCUAUUAUACCUACACAAAUAUUAUCAUGCUGAAAUAUUAUAAUAUAAAGUUGCUAUAUUUGAGUUAUGACAAUAUGUUGAUUAUUGUGAAAUACAAUCAUUCCUUAUUCCAGAAAUUUUAGAAUUCAUAGUUUUCAAACCAACUUCAUGGGAAAGCCUGAGGGAAAGCCUGAGGGCGAAGCCUGAAGGCGUCCCGAGGGACUUUCACAAACCUCCUCGGUUCGCGGGAGAUUUAAUCACUAUAUUCUUAAAAACCAUGGUAUUAGUUUGUAAUACCAUGAUGACCGAGGUGAGGGUAGUAGUACGAGUAUUGUGUAAUACAAUGUGUAUUGAUAGUACGAGUAUUGUGUAAUACAAUGCAUGAUCAGUGAUGUAUACAACAAUUUUCCAUUGUCGGAAAUUUGUUUGCGAAUAAACAAUUCUUAAUAUACGUGUGUCAGUCCCGGGUGCAUGUGCAUGCAUGCAUAUAAAAUGAGUUACUUUUUAACUCAACUCUUGUUUUUGAACGCUUACUAAGAAUGAUAUGGCGGAUAAACGUUUCUGGUUUGUUAUGGAAGCCGAUGUUCAGAAAGUUAGAGAUAACAGAACGCCUGAGAAUACUAUCAAACACACUAGGUGGAGCACGAAUGUUUAUAAAGCAUGAGCAAAGGCAAGAAAUACCCAGUUUCGUGAUUUUGAAGCCGAGAGUGAAGUAUUCAAGCGUGUGCCAGAUUUGCAGGAGAUGAGCGUUGACGAAAUUAAUCCUGACUGGUUUAGCCGAUUAACGCUAGAAGUACGGAAGCGAAACGGUAAAUACCGCCAUGAAGUCGUGUAUAGUCUGUUUUGUGGUUUAAACUGAACAGUUCAGUUGCAAUAUCCAAAGUUAAAACUGUUUAAUUCGGCUGAGUUUAAGCCGCUUCGGCAAACGCUCGAUGGGAAGCUGAAAGAACUACAGAGCACCCAAAGCCCAAUGAAGAAGAGAGCAGAUGCAGUGACGGUUAGCGAUGAAAGGGUAUAGAUUUGAGCGGACUACUACAAGGAGCUAAUUGUGGAACUGUGAACAUCAACAUUAAUAUGAGUAAAUAAAUUACUGUCUUUAUAAUAUAGUUGUGUGAAAUGUUUAGUGAAAAGUGAAUAUUAAUAAGUCUAGUAAUUAACACUUUAUCUUACUGUCAUUAACAUUGUACAGGGUGUCUCAAAAAAACCCAAAAUCAUUGAAAUUGACGUAUUGUUCGAUAUUCAAUGCCCUAGCACUAAGUUAAUCCCACGAGUGCGUAAAAGAUUGACAUAACUGCUAUAAUGAAUGGUAAUACUCAGCGUAAACUUGUUAUGUCAGGCAUAAAGUACUAAACCCACGAAUGCAUAUUACGCAUAUUACAAUUUACGAAGCAUUUUAAAUUCCCAUGAGCAAACAAACGUUCACUUUACAAAGAUAUUUUAAUUUUUUAAAACAAAUUAAUCACCCUGUCAAAAUCCUUUGUGUUACGGCAUUGAAAUUCGAACAAUACGUUAUUUCAAUGAUUUUGGUUUUUUUUGAGACACCCUGUAGUGUAAUUAUAUUGUUUGUGGUGUAAACGCUAUUAAGAAAUCUCUUUGUCGUGUCUUUGAAUUUUGGCUCAUGACUUUUAAUCAGGGAGAAAUUAGAAAUCGUUCUGGCUUUGCCGGGAGAAUUAGAUAUCUCCCCGCUAAGCCGGGAAUAUCGUGAUUAAACCACCCGGCGAGAACAAAAGAACCCGAGGUCAUCAUGGUAUUACAAAAUUAAAGCCUUGUUCAUGUGUCUCAAAAAUUUGUUUAGUAUUUUCCAUUGGCAUUUUAUUGUAUCCAGUAAGCUGGUUCUCCAGGAGUAACCUGGUACUCCAGAUCUACAGUAGUACACUUGCACAGAGCCUGGGUAUGAGGUUGCUGUGUUUGCAGCGGGAUUUUUCACGUUACUAUAGGUGCAUUAAAAAACAAAAGAGAGUGCUUAGAUUUACCUGUGGCUGCGACAAGAUUCUUCAUUAGUGCAUCAGUCACUUUAGUGCAUCAUUUUUUUGGCUGUCACCAUCUACUGUAGUAAGCAGGAAAUGGCAAUCUUGGUGUAAAGUUCUCUAAUAACGACCAUAUUGAAACGUCAUUGUUGGCAGAACAGCGCAAUUUAAGUUGUGUUAUAUAAGUCUACUUUUUACAAGGAGCAAUUCCUAACAAGAUUGAUGUAAAUCGUAAAUUUUCUGUAAUUUUGAAGUUGACUAAGGCCCGGUUUAGACGGCGAACUUUUCAUGCGCCGAAUCUAAUUGCCGUAGAUACGGCAAAAUAUUGGAAACUGAUUUAGACGUCGAACUUAAUUGUGCCGUACCAAAUUGCGAGGACACUAUAUUGGACAUAUUUACAAUGCAAAUAUAUGAUAAUCAUAUUGUAAUGUUAAAAAAUUAAGUAUGCAUUAGGUUCGGCGCAUGAAAAGCACGACGUCUAAAUCAAUGUCGAACCUGUGUCGCAUAUACGACUUGUCUUGUCGCAUCUUCGAGUCGUGUCGAACUUAAUCAAAAUCUGCCGAACUUAAUUGAUUUAGACGCCGCUCCAGCGUCGCACUUAAUCCUUGCAUUAGAUUCGGCGCAUGAAAAGUUCGCCGUCUAAACCGGGCCUAAGGGAGCGGUCAUUAUUUAUGGCGGGGGGUGGCACCGAAGAGAGAAGGGUUGGGUAAACAAAAUUUUGAGUGAGUAAAAGGUUGGGUAAAUGAAAAACGAAACAAGUCAAAGGUUGGGUAAUAAAAAUUUCUUGUCAUUUCCAAAGCAUGACUCGCUCAAAUAUUGAAGACUAAAAACUUCAAUGUUAACAGUCAUAUGUCAAUACAAUAUGUGAAUUAAUCAUGAAACUUUAGACUGCAGAAAAGUCAGUAAAUUUCACAAGCCGAACGUUAACAAACUAUCAAACAUUCACAAGCUGAACGUUAUCAAACGUAUCACAGAAGUGGUAAAGGACAUGUGUGACAACUGAAUGACAUCUCUUUGUAAAGUGUUUGGCCAGGGGUGGGUAUUUAUUUUUUAAAUUAUACUUGAGGUUGGGUAAUCAAUUUUUUUAUUUUUUAAUGGUUGGGUCAGCAAAAUUUUUGCCACGAGAAACAUUUCUCUUCGGUGCCACCCCCGACCAUAAAUAAUGACCGGUCCCUAAAGAGUGGUCAUUUUCAGAAUUGUUGACACUAAUAGGAGCAGAAAUUAAAUUAUACCUGUCAAUUUUUGUUGGCCACCAAAUACAAGACUGCGAGGCAGUAUGAACUCUGUCAUUUUAUCAUGACUGUUAUGGCAGGUUCAAAUGCAAAUCGAUAUAAGUAAAUGAUAUUUAUUCGAUCUUAAUAUUAAAAACAAAUAAUUCAAAUAUUUUAGUAUUUUCCGACUAAAUGAUUUUUACUUUACCCACCCCUUGGCUUGGCGAAUUUUUAUUCAACCCACCCAUUUCCACCCAUAAUAUUUUGUUUACCCACCCAUUUUCUCUUCGGGGACCCCCCCCCAGCCAUAAAUAAUGACCGGUCCCUAACUUCGUAUCACCAUCUGUUGCACCAUGCACCAGUGAUUACUGAACGCCAGGCCUCGAAUUUCCCUGAAAUCAAUCGACGGCAAUGACGUUUAAAAUUGCUGUAGAACGUAGCAGCUGUCUACGGCAAUUUUGGCAGUUUCCACGGCAUUUUUCAAAUUACUGUAAUAAAACUUUAAUUGUAUUGUUACUUUGGAUUUUGGACAAGCUAGAAACAUGUCUACGUAUUUCUUUAGUGGUUUUUUUUUUUCGAAGAAAACUGAGACUAAUAGUGAUUUACGCAUGAUUUGAUCAACAUCUGAAUAGUAUAAAAAUUGCACCAUACGGCAAAAAAUUGCCGUUGCCGCAAUGACCCACGGCAUUUUGUUUUCCCUCUACGGCGAUUGCCGCGAUAAAAUUCGAGCCCUGCUGAACGCAUCUUUCCCAGAGUUGAAUAAAUUACCCUUCCUGACCCUACACUCUUAAAAUACCCUGGUUCAAAUUUGCCUGCUUAACUAUAAAUGCCCCUGUUCGGGUUGACUUAAUAUUCCUGGUUAAAUUUCCUGAGUCUGGUUAAUGUAACCAGGAAUCGGUGGAUAAAUUACCAGGGACCCCAGGUAGGCUAUGGUAGGAAAUGAGAUAAAAUAUAACCAGGAAAAUUUAAUAACCAUGGGCCGGUUGUAUAAAAAAGUGAUUAAAGUUAACUAUGAUUAAGUGCAAACGUCAUCCAAUAAGAAGCGCCUAUUUGAGAGUUAAUCACUAUUUAACUACAAAAUAGUGAUUAAAAAAGCGAUUAAGAGUUUUAUACAACCGGCCCCAGGCUGUUUUAGAGAGUGCUUUACAUGCAGGUACCGCUGUUUGGGCUCCCUAACAAUCUGGUGGCCCAAAGCAAGUUGCCCCCUUCUCUGCCUAUAUAGAUAGCUCUGCAUUCAUUAUGACAAGUUGGUUAUUUUCAACUGCAGGGUUUAACUUCUUCAAAAGCUGCAGAAAUAUUCGAACGAGAUGGACCUAAUGCUCUCAGUCCUCCUAAAACUACACCUGAAUGGGUGAAAUUCUGUAAACAACUAUUUGGAGGCUUUUCAUUACUUCUGUGGAUUGGAUCCAUACUUUGCUUCUUCUCCUACACACUUGAAGUCACUCAGAAAGAGGAACCAGCUAGUGACAAUGUAAGUAAAGCACAACGCGUUACCACUGUACGUCUACGUUGUGUGACCAAGAGUGAUCGCGAAAUUCUGCUCAGUUUUCUCUAAAUUUGUCGUUGUUCCAUGCAGCGGCUGUUAAAUAGAAUUGAAACGUCAAACGUACUCCAACUCUCACCACCAAUCUCCGUUUAUGAAUUUUUUUCUUUCUACAUCGUAUACGGCAGGAUUUUGGGCAUUUGAAAAACAUGUUGCUCUUUUUGUAUGUAACAUUUGUCGCUAAAACGCGCAGCUCUUUCUCGCACAAUUUAAGCUUGAAUCCUAAAAUGUAUACUAAUGCAUUUUAUAAAACACGUGUCAAUUUUUUGUCUUUGCAGUUAUAUUUAGGUGUUGUGUUAGCGACUGUCGUUAUAGUAACAGGAUGUUUCUCGUAUUAUCAGGUAAUAAUGAGUUAAUUUUAAAAAUCAGUUUUAUUAGAGGCUUUUCGGUGGUCGGUCAUAUUUUUCAAAUUCAAGAAUGUCUGUUAUAAAGGCUCGUGAGUUUGAAAUUGUUUGAAAUUGAAAAAAUCUAUAUGAUAGCAAAACGUUGUCCAUUCAAUAUUUUAGGAAUCUAAAAGUUCUCGUAUUAUGGAAAGUUUUAAAAAGAUGAUACCACAGGUAUGUGAAUGGAAAUGAUGUUACUAAUUCCUCGCGUAUAGUUGGUUUGUUAUAAAAUUAUACUUCGUUCAAUCUUUUCAAAAAGUUAAGUUUGUUUCCAGGGCUGUGUCUUAAAAACCUUGUACCGUCCAUCUAUUAUAAGUUAUCUCAUUUUCCCCAUCGUAACCAUAUAGGAAGCUAUUGCUUUGAGGGAUGGUCAGAAGAGACCAAUGAACGCUGAAGAACUUGUCGUUGGCGACAUAGUGUUCGUGAAGUUUGGUGAUCGACUGCCGGCAGAUCUAAGAGUUAUUGAAUCGAAAGGUUUUAAGGUACUGUACACCUUCAUAUCAACCUCGUACCCAGGCUCUUACCUUCGCUCGCCCUCCUGCUGCGGAAGGUAAGACCCUGGUUACGAGGUUGCCUUCAUAUUUGUCUGUAUCUUUUAGUAUUCAUCGAAACCUUACAAAGAGUAUUGAUCUCUUAUUAGGUUGAUAACUCCUCCUUAACUGGAGAAUCCGAACCUCAAAUGCGUGGACCUGAAUGCAGCAAUGAAAAUCCCCUAGAAACGAAAAACCUUGCUUUCUUCUCUACAAACGCCGUGGAAGGAACAUGUACGGGUGUUGUGGUGUGCACGGGUGAUCUGACUGUCAUGGGACGUAUUGCAAAUUUGGCUAGUGGACUGGGCUCUGGAAAAACUCCGAUCGCAAAAGAAAUUGAACAUUUCAUCCAUAUUAUCACUUCAGUGGCCGUAUUUUUGGGAGUUUCGUUUUUCAUCAUCUCUUUAAUUCUGAAAUACACCUGGUUGGAGGCUGUUGUAUUUUUGAUUGGAAUUAUUGUCGCUAAUGUACCCGAAGGACUUUUGGCAACAGUAACGGUAUGUUUUAUUUUCAAAAAGUGGCUCAAAUAUAAAUACUGUAUCGUUAAAUAAAUCAAUAAAUUCCUCUAAAAUGUCAGGAUUUUCGUUACGAUGGCAGUCGAAGUGUGUUUUAUUAAAACACGUUUAAAAGUACAGUAGAAUUUCAGUUUUAUUGUGGGUGCAUAAAUGAUGCGAAAAGAAAUUCAUCAGGAGUGUAAUAAACUUUAUCAUGAACAUUUAGGUCCCACAAACUCAUUUUCGCAUUUCGUUAGUAUUACGUACAACACAAUAUUCAGUAGUGGUGGAUUUAUAGUGCACCCCUGUUGGCCUUGGUCAACAGGGGUGCAAAAAAUUAAAUAUAUCUUAAAUGUUUGAGGUAUUCAAAGUUUUUAUCAUUCUUAGACUAAUUUAAGUUUUGGAAUUCAAGGUAGCAUCAUAGUACUAGUUCAAAAUACUAAUAAGUCCAAUAUUAAUUAGUUUGAUACUUUGAUUGAAUAAAGCAAAUUCUUAAUUUCGCUGGAAACGUCUAACAUUACAAGUAUUUGUGAAUUUACUUUCUGUGUUGGUGUAAUGUAUUCAGGUGAAUAUGAUGCUCGUGAUGUUACUCUGAGUGUAUAUCCACACCGGGCAAGCCUGAGAAAUAUACCUGUCCACUGUGGGAAUCGAACCUACGACCUUUGGUGUACUAGCCCAAUGCUCUGCCAACUGAGCUACGCGGUCAGGUCGGUUCGAGUAUGUGAUAUUUCGGAACUGAGUCUAGUUCCUUCGAUAUCGAUGUAAUCUAGUAAUCGUGAAUUUACUUUCUGUGUUUGUGUAAUAUACUCAGGUGAUGCUUGUGAUGUUACUCUGAUGUUACUCUAACAUCACAAGCAUCAUAUUGACCAGAGUACAUUACACCAACACAGAAAGUAAAUUCACGAUUACUAGAUUAUAUCGAUAUCGAAGGAACAAGAUUCAGUUCCGAAAUAUCACAUACUCGAACCGACCUGACCGCGUAGCUCAGUUGGCAGAGCAUUGGGCUAGUAUUCCAAAGGUCGUAGGUUCGAUUCCCACCGUGGACAGGCAUAUUUUUCAGGCUUGCCCGGUGUGGAUAUACACUCAGAGUAACAUCACAAGCAUCAUUACAAGUAUUUGAUAAUGAAGAGAAUCUGGGAUUUAUAUAUAAUGAUUAAAUUGUAUUUAUUCAAGAUAUCUGUGAAUUGUAACCGAGAAAUCACUAGAUGCACUUUCAUGACAGUACGCUAGCAGCGCUGCUUGCCCAGCACCCCCCUAAAAAUCUUGCUGGUCCACCACUAUUAUUGUACAGUAUUUAACAUGACGCGAUUUAUGAAAGGAGAGAAGCAAGUCUCUCAUUCGUUGUAAUCAAUCCAAUCACAAGUACUGUGUACAGUAUAUAGCAAGUCAACUGUGAAUAUUGAGUGUAGCGCACGUACACUUGAAAAUUUGUUCUGCUCCGAUACUAAUCUUGACAAAACAAGGAGAGACAAACAUGUUGAAUACAAAGGAAUAAAAGCCAGUAAAACUUGUUGCUGUCAUGCACUCUACAUGACCGAUUUUGUUUAAUUACGAAGCUAUUUAUUUUGGUUAUUCUCGGUAAGCAACGUCUUUCGUUAGCCAUCAUCCUUAUGAAAAAUCUGUACUUGAACAUAUAUCAAUUGAGCUACUGUAAACCCAAUGUCAACGUGUAUACAUAACACAUAUCUUAUUAUUGUGCAAUUGUACGCUUUAGGUAUGUCUCACCUUAACUGCCAAGCGUAUGGCUUCUAAGAAUUGUCUUGUUAAGAAUCUGGAAGCUGUUGAAACACUGGGAAGUACUUCAACAAUCUGUUCUGAUAAGACUGGAACCCUGACACAAAAUCGUAUGACUGUUUGUAAGUAAAUUAUACAUAUAAUUCAGCCCUUCAGGUAUCCGUUUGAAAUCCUGGCUAAUAAUAAUUUGUGUAUGGCCAAUACUGUUUUGCUCUACUGAGGCUCCGGCUAUUAAUUGAUGAGCGAAGCGAGUACAGUAUGCAAAGAAUGGAAGGUCCGGGUCGAAGCUUCAAGGAUGCUGUGAGUUGAGUGGUGGGCAAAGGCUUGCAAGCUUUGUCUAUUUGGUAUAUUGUCCGAGUGCAAGACCGGGCUUAAAAUUUCAGCUUGUCAUGACUGCAACUACCGGCAAAUUACACACAACCUCUGGUGAAUGGCUGUCAAAUGUCUUCUUAGCGCUGGCGAAAUUCGCCGUUCUCCGGCUUAAAACAAGAUGGGUGCAUAUAUAUUCAUACAUAUUGAUCAAAAGUGAUCAGGGUGUGGAAAUUGUAGCGGGCUCGAAGUUGAGCCUGGUCAGUGGUAAUUACCAUGAGCCGGAGGAACCAGUCACCAUGGUAAGCCAGUCAAAAUCCUCCAUGUUUUUGUGGACACUUUUUUGCCCGAGCACGUCCUCCAGUAAUUGUGUAGCUCAGUGGAAGCCACUGGUUCCCCGUUAUUAAAAUUAUGUGAAAUCAAUAUAAGAACCAGGUGGCCGUCCAACUACCCUAUGGACGGCCACUUUUAAAAUAAGACGGCCACUUUAAUAGACGGCCAUGGACGCCCUAAGAAGCAAGCUUUGUGAUAUUUCUUGAAAACCUCAAAAAUUGUCAGCCGCUGUUGACUUUAUUUACUGUGUUUGAAAAGACGCUGAGUUAUAAGCAUAUGUAUGACAAUUAAUUGCAAGCGCCGUGUUUUUUGACCACGACCACGGUAUUUUUUGCACGGCCAGUUUCGACACCCUGGCUAAGAGCCUGAUAAGAACACAACUAAUUUGCAUCCUGCUCUGUUACAUAGACUGACAUCUCUGCAUGUUCAACUCACUAAUUAAGUAAUUAUGUUCUAUUGUCUCAAAUUUUUAAAAUUCAAUAUUUAUAAUUGUCCUGAGAAGCAGGUGGUUUGCCGAUUUUAGUUUAAAUUAAGGUGGGGAGGUCACAAUACAGACUUCCGGAAAGUACGUCACCUUGGCUGUAGAUCCUUGUUUUGGCAAAGUGACGUACUUUCCGGCCGGAAGGAUGUAUUUCCAGAGGGCCAUGUCAUAACCUACGCCAUAAUUUGUCAGCAUGAAUAAAAAGUUUUUAAGCAAUUUUGAAUGCCAAAGUUUUAGUUGUGAACUUUUAGUUUUUUUAGUUUUGUGUGCAAAAAUUUACCCUGAAAGCUUAAAAAGUUCAAAAUAAGGUCGUAAAAGUCAGUUUUGCUUGUAAAAUAAAAUGAAUUAUCAUGGUUGUUACGCGUUUAGAAAAUGCAACUGACCAAUCAGAUUCGAUUUCGCCGAAAGCUAUAUUCUGAUUGGCUGAAACGAUCGCUAGUUAAUUAUUAAAAUUUAUACAUGUAUAUUUAAUUGAAAAAAUGACUAAAUGUUUUACAAGAUUCCGCAAGCCCUGCAGAAAUUGUGUAUGACCUUUCCAUAAUGCAGCAGGGCCUGUGGAAGAGGCAGUUUCGUUUAUAGUCUGUACACAUUUAGGCUUGUAUUAGUGACGUGUUGUUUAACGUUCUGCCGGGUGGAUAAUCUAAUUCUCACUUCUCAGUGUCUUUAUUAAGCAGUUGAUUAAGAAAUAAAAAAAUUGGUGUCGUUGUCUAGCUCACAUGUGGUUUGAUAAUGUGAUUGUUGACGCUGAUACCACUGAAGAUCAAUCUGGCCAGAAACAUGACAAGGUAAAUACAACAAGUACGAGCCGAUAAAAGGAAAUUUUAUAUUACAUAAUGCAUUGUUAACGUAUAUUUAAUGUGAAGUGUUUAAAGGCUGCUCGUCUGUGCACAAUGCUUAUUGUCCUUGUUUCGUUUAUCAGAUGAAAUCAUCAACAUGGGGACAUCUUGCAAGAAUAGCAGCAUUAUGUAAUCGGGCUGAGUUCAAACCCGACCAAGAUGAAAUCCCAAUCUUGAAGAGGUAAAACAUUUUCGGCUAUUAAUAUCAUCGUAUGGAAGCCAAAUGGAAGAGAAUAGUGGUGCCAAAAAUAGAUAAAGGUUGGCGUUACACGUGGCUGAAAAUGGAACGCAACCUCAGCACCAAAUUUUAAAAUUUAAACUUAAGGUCACUUCCAGUCCGCCGAACAUUUAACUUGGUUAGGAGAAUGUGGAAUUGGCCGGUUACACUAAUUUAGGAGAAAAUGUAUUUUUCUAUUGUAAACGUAGCAGCUAUUUAAUUUAAUUGCUUUUCCAUCAGGUACACUACUGUACAGAAACAUACACAAAUACACACAUAGAUAAUACAAUGACAUAAACUAAAUUGAUGGUUGGGUAUCCGCAACAGCCCGAAACUAAUUACUGCGGGCCCAAAAGGGUAAGAGACAAAAUAUCAAUAACACAAAUAACAAUUAAACCAUGGAGACUAAAAACAACAGUACAUCGAGUUCGUUAAAGUCCUUGCUCUAUUGCAUCUCGGGCAAAUCGUUUUAAAAGUUCGUGCAUCACCACAAUAGUAUGUGUUUAAUGCAGUAUGGUAGUACUCACGCAUUACAGACUUGAAUGAGUUAGAGAUACCGUUUGGCCUAUCAAAGAUUCUAUACACUAAUUUGUCCAGUAAGAACGUUUGUUUAUCAAAUGAAGUAGUUUCUAGACGUCCUAUACGUUGCUUAAACUAGGGCUCUAUUGUAAUUCGUAGAGAGACCACUGGUGAUGCGUCGGAAUCUGCGUUACUAAAAUGUAUCGAGCUUUCGAUCGGUAGUGUUGAAGAAAUGCGUAAAAAGAACAAAAAAAUGGCUGAAAUUCCUUUCAAUUCUACCAACAAAUACCAAGUGUCUGUUCACGAAGUCACUGAUGAUCCCAGAUAUUUGCUGGUCAUGAAGGGCGCACCUGAGAGAAUUCUUGACCGUUGUUCAACAAUUACUGUUGAUGAUAAGGAGGUACCAUUAAGUGAUGACCGGAAGAAUGCAUUCCAGGAAGCGUAUAUGGAUCUUGGUGGCCGUGGAGAACGUGUAUUGGGUUUCUGUCAUUAUUUCUUACCUGAAGAUAAAUUCCCCAAAGGUUUCAAGUUUGAGGCCGAAGAUGUAAGUGUCGACAUUAAUCUAGUAAUUCGAUCAAAUUAAGCCAAGUCAGUCUUGAUUAGAUUAAGCCAGUCUUGAUUAGAUUUAAGACUACAAACUGAGUUAGUAUUUGUGGACAAAUGGUUGAGAAUAUCUUGACAAUGAGUGUUCGCCACAGUGCCUUUACAUCUUGCAGCUGCAUAUAUGGUUUCCUUGCUUCAUGAUCAAAUUUAACUUUUGAUGUAAAUUGAUUUCCUUGUUGUUGAUUUUAGCAAGGCUUAGUGAACACAGUUAAGGUCGAUACACGCCGGACGCGAUUCGAUAACGCGACGCGAUUUUUUAGUUUUUGUUGCAUGCCCAUAUAUGGGCAUGUAACUUUCAUAUAGCUCUAAAUUUCGUGUCGCGGUGUAUCGGUUUAGGUGUACCGGCGGUGGUAAAUCACGCGACAGAUUCGUAAAAUACGACAAAUACCGAGUUUUUCCGACGAGCAUUUUCAUGUGAUGUGAAUCGCUUAUGCACGCUUUCGUUCACGGCUUUCGUUGAGCAAACGCGAAGAAAAUAUUGAUUUUUCGCCGAAAAUUUACGUAAUUUAGCGCCUUAGAAAAAUAGAUCGAGGUAGGUAAAGCUUUGCUGUUUUUAGUUUACCUUAUAUUCUGUUAUUUGUUGUUAUUUUGGAGCCGUUGUGCUCGCACUGAUUAUUUAUCAAUUAUCAGGCAUUUAUAUUUAUAUGUCGUGAAAGGCCGCGCUAUCAAAAUACUCAUUUUUUACUGUCGUUCCAAUUGAAGUGUUGCUCAAAUAUUGAUUCAAUACAUUACCUCGGGCUGACCAAUUCAUUUGAUCAAGUUCCUCGAGAUAUUCAUACACUUCCUGUGAAAGAGCCAAUUCCAAGUAUUUGAUCAUUUCUGGUCACUUCCUUUCUAUUUAUGAUUGGUUAGUUGCACAAACAACAAAGGUGAUUGGUGCAUUCAAACUAUUCAACAGGAAGUUUACAAUUAUACUAGGAAGUGUAUGAAUAUCUCGAGGAACUUGAUGAAAUGAAUUGGUCAGCCCGAGGUAAUGUAUUGAAUCAAUAUUUGAGCAACACUUCAAUUGGAAUGGGAACGACAGUAAAUGCUCAAAUUGAAAAGCCAUUGUGCUCGCACUGAUUAUAUUGUGUGCAAAACUACAGUACAUUCUGUAAAUAACAUGAAAUAUAUUAAAAAUAUGAAACAAAAUUCUCAUUAAUACUAUUGAAAUUUAAUACAACGAAAUAGCAUUUUAAUUCGAUAAUUUUAAUUCUUUUCAAUUUACCGUUUCCACGGGUUUUUAUACCUUCAAAAAGCCACAAUAAAGCUAAAUUUGUUUAAAUUGGUAGGAAAUAACAUUGUUUACUUCGAAUAGUCAAAUAAGUCAAUCAGUGAUAAAACCUUGACCUUGUUAUUGUCCCUUGCAACUACAGAUAAACAGUCGCGAAAAGUUUGAAAAUGUUUUGUUAUUUUGACAUAAUAGCUAUUUUUGAAUAAAUAUAUUGAAAUUAAACAUAUUGAAUCAAUAUGUUAAGUUUCAGGCCAGUUGUACCAAAAUUUAUAAGCGCUUGCGUACCUUAAAGACGGAUUUCCAUUCAGUGCAAAAUGUCGCGCGAUCGACAUUUUGCGAUCACUUUCUUUUGAAAUACAAGCAAUCACACGCAACGGUUAGGUUGACUGAACACAUUUCAAAAGAAAGUGAUCGCAAACAGUUGAUCUUGCGAUAUUUUGCACUGAAUGGAAAUCGGCCUUAACUUUCUGAGGAAUGCAACAUGUACGCACUGUGUACCUAUUUUUGAAAGUUAAUAAAACAGCCAAUGGCAAUGAGAGCAAAUUUUGAAAGAUAUGUAGACCAAAUAACUCAAAAUGUUAUACCGCUUCUAAAUAUUUGGAAAAUUUGUAUAGGUAAUCGCAUGGGGCCGAGUAAAAUUGAGGUUUAAUUUCACGCGUGUCUUCAAAAUUUCACAAUUUGUGAAACUUUGAAAACACAAGUGAAAUUAAACCUUAAUUUUACGAGGAACUAUGCAAUUACUUGUUAAUCAUAGAGGGCAAAAUUUAUUCGUAAGUUUAGUUCUUGAACCUCGUACGUCUCCAUGUCUUCGCCUUUUCACCGAUGUUUCUUUAGCUGCCCUGUCUGCCCAUUUCUUAAAUACUGCAACCAAUAAAUUUGUACUUUUUCUAUUCAAGUUUUCACCAGAAGUUUUUAAUUUUUCAUUAGAGAGUUUAAGCUUCGCGUUAUACGGCAAACGCCAGGCAAAGAAAAAUGUUACCGUAUUAGGCAAUAAAGAGUGAAUGAACAUGCUGUUUUAAAACUGAAAUACAUAAUUAUUCUUUCCACGCAAGAAAGAAAAUAUAAAAUGAAAACGUUCAACCAAAAUUUUGCUAAGAAAGUUCCAACCUGCCGUUUGCCGUUCCCGGAAACGUGAAGCUUGAACUCCCUAAUAACAUCAUCCGCGACGACAAAGCGAGAAGCCAUUGUUUUUAUUGCUGUUUAAAACAAGGAACUUCCCGCGCUUACGUCUCAGUCAAUGAGGUACAAGUAAUUUUGCCCUGAAUUAAGAAAAAAUGCCCUCCUCAUUAGCCAAUCAUAUUUGAGUAAUUUUGCCCUCUAUAUGAUUAAAACUAGAAUCAAAGUCAUCGGUCAGUGAAAAUCGAAAAAUCGCGUCGCGUUGUCGAAUCGCGUCCAGUGUGCCUGGACCUUUACAAAUAGCCAUUUUACUUGCCAUUGAAAUGUCAAAUGAUGUUACUCUAACGUAACCAUGCGAAAAUGUGUAUUUGUUUAGGAACCAAACUUCCCGUUAAAUGAUCUAUGUUUUGUUGGUUUAAUGUCCAUGAUUGAUCCGCCCCGAGCUGCUGUUCCUGAUGCUGUGAACAAGUGCCGUAGUGCUGGAAUAAGUGUUGUUAUGGUUACCGGAGAUCAUCCAAUCACAGCUAAAGCAAUUGCUCGUCAAGUUGGAAUCAUUUCUGAAGGUAAUGUAAUAUUCCUUUCUAACAAGCUCACCUUGUUAAGCUGUAGUGUAACAUGCAUAGACGGCAUAAUAAAAAAAUAAUUAAAUAGUCCACUCCAACGUGCAGAGUGUUGAUGAUACAAAAUAAACGUAGAGUACACUCAAAUAGAAAAAGGCAGUGCAAUACUCUGAAACUAAUCGCUCUUCGCAUACAUUCACUGGUUUAUUGGAGCAAUUGUAAAAUUUUGAAACUCUAUUGGCUCCCCUGAAUAGAGUUUGCAGUGCCUUGUCAUGCAAAUAGUUUGCUUGCAAGGAACGUUUGGAAUUUGUACGAACAUUAUUUUUACUUUUUAAUUCUUUUAGGAAAUAGACUUGCCUGGAUUUAAUCUUUACGCCCCAAAUAUUAUUUACAUCGGAGUUGCAUCAUAAAUUGUACUCGGAUUCAAACGACACAAUGUCAAUGACUUUAUAAAAGUAAAGCAUAUUGUGUAUUGACCUAUUGGGUUUACACUUUUACAGGUUCAUUUAACUUUAACUCUCUCAAGUCUCAACAGACAAUCGGACAUGCCAAAUCCAUUGAUAUGACAAAUUGACAACUUCAAAAAACUUUUUUUUGAAGCUAGAAAUCAUGGUUUUUUUCAAAUUUUUUCCAGGGAUACUUUGUUUUCUGCUCUCUAGACUCCCCCUCGCGGCUCUAGUGCUCCACCCCUAGAAUAUAGACCUUACUGGGGUUUGGUGACACUUUGUGUUGCUUCUGUCACCUGCUCACGGCUCACCCCCCCCCCCUAAAAUUUUUGGCACCACCCCAGUAAAAAAAUAUGAAAAUCCGUCUAUGGUAACAUGUAUGAGUAUAUACCAAUGUUCCAUGUGGCGCUAGAGAGGAGAGGGAGAAGGCCAGAGGAACAGAGCGAGGAAAAAGACGAUAAAACUCCCUCACUCUCUUCCCCUUCCCCCAGCUUUUGCCACCCUUGCCCCUUAGUACUUAGGUUUCAUGGACUUUUCGGUAGCAGUCUGAACAGACCGGUGACCGAUCUUGAGAACGAAUUGAAACUAGCAGCUAUUCAAUAGAGGAUAUAAAGACUCCAGUUUAUUGUAUUAUAUGCAAAUUGUUGGCUUUUUUGCUAUAGGCAAAUAUAUGCAGUGCAUCUGUACCCCUUGUACCAAAACGUAACUGUACAUUCAUGUACAAGUAACCCUACGAACCGACCAUAACAACGGUUUGAAUAUUUCCAUAUUGUUUUUAUAAUGUUAGGAUCCGAAACCGCUGAAGAUAUUGCUGCUCGUAUGAACAUCGCUGAAUCUGAAGUACCCCCAGGUGAAGCUGCAGCGGCUGUUGUCCAUGGCUCAAAACUGAAGGUAAUCUAACACGUACUGUCGGUCCAUAGUUCCAAUGGAUGUCCAGUUACAUUGUUUUGCGAAACAGGUGACAAUCACACCAAAAUUUUUACAUUACACCAGUCCAAUUUUGUUUUCAAGUCAAUUUUCAGUAAGCGUUGCAACCGUUUGUUUCAUUGCGGGAACAGUUGCAUAGAAAACAUAGCCUGGGUAGGAGGUUGGCGUAGAAAAUAGCCCAUGAGUCGAGUGAGAACAUAGAUGCAAACAACCCAAUCCAGUAAAUAUGAAUUCCUGAGUCCAGGUCUAGUUUAAUAUAAAAUUUUGCGAUAUUUUCCAGGAUAUGACAGGAAAAGACCUUGAUGAUCUGAUCUCAAACCAUGCUGAAGUCGUAUUCGCUAGGACAUCACCACAACAAAAAUUGGUUAUUGUUGAAGCCUUUCAACGUCAAGGUCAAAUUGUUGCUGUAACUGGCGAUGGUGUGAACGAUUCUCCUGCUUUGAAAAAAGCUGAUAUUGGUACGUCUGUUGAACUUUUGAUUUGCGGCCUGCUUGCGUUUGUCAGUUUGUUUUUUACGAUCAUUUAUAGAGCCUCCGCUCGGGGCAUUUGUCGAAAUAUUACCCGAAGUGAUGGUAUUUGCCGAGGGACUUUGCGCCGAGGGAAAUAUCAUGACUGAGGUUAAUAUUUUGCCGAAUCUCCAGAGCGACUCUCCAAAGCUAAUCUCCAAAGCCAAUCUCCAGAGAACUGACUUGGUCAAAUAGAGAAUAUUAAUAAACAUGCUGAAUAACAGUGAAUACAAUGUUUAAUUAUUUAUUUAUAUCUGAGUUUUUGACGUUUCCCCUUUAAAAAAUUUGAACCUGUAUUCUUUGGAUAAUUGAUUGAUUGAAGGUAACAUGCCUCCUUUAAACCUUUUAAAUAUUCACGUUAAACGUUUUGGUUAAAAGCAAGAAAUAGUUAAUUCUCGAAGUUUUGUUCCUAUGUUUUGUUUCGCCAUAUCUGCCGUUGGAUAUUAUGAUAUCUCACGGUGUAUUCCAUGAUCAUAGAAUUAGGGGUGCACCGGAACCAGUUUUUUAAGUUCCGGCCGGAACCGGAUCCGACCGGAACUGGUAAAAAGUUCCGGCCGGAAGUUCCGGCCGGAACCGGAACUAAUUUAUUAAGCCAUAUAUAGUCAUAUGUUACUUUGUCCGCUGCCAGACAGGCAGACACUUCAAGUCAUAAAGGAGAGAGCUCGCAAAUGUUAGAAUAAAAAGAUUGACAAGCGUUAAACGUCAUAAUGAAGUGUUAGUAGUGUACAUUUCCCUUGCGUAGUCCAAAUUUCUUCCUACUGUGACCUUUUGUUAGACACAAAAACGUUUGAUAUUCUAUCUCUCUGAAAACAACAGAGUUCCGGUUCCGGCCAUGCUUUUUUUACUAGUUCCGGCCGGAACCGGAACUCUAAAAAAUCGGGAUUCCGGCCGGAACCGAGUUCCGGUGCACCCCUACAUAGAAUUGGGUGGAAUAUUGUAAAAAAUCAGCCUCACGUGGUACAAUUUAAAGUUGAGGUAGAAUAUAUUGUCAUAAACAACAAUAUAUUAAUCUUCAGAACAUGCUUUAAAGUGGGUUUUUUUCUGAUGUCAUAUACUGUACAUGAGGACUGUAUUGAACAUGUAGGUUGUCGUCUCCGAGUGUUGAAACUUUCUUGUUAAGACAUACAGCAACUUAUUUUCGUUGUGAAAAAAAAUCGCUUGUAAUAUAUUUGUACACACCAUUUGAAAAUACAUACAACACAUGUGAUUGUAAAAGAUUCUCUUUUGUUAAGUUUGUGAUUACGACCUGGUUUUUUCAAGAAUGCAGUGUCGAUAUAUGUCUGCGAUUAGUUGAGACUGCAUUGGAGCACAACAACGACCUUAACUUGGUCACGAUAGCUAUACCACUAAAUGCGAAUCAGAAUUUUCGAAGUUUUAUCUAAACUGAACCAUACAUACAUACUAAAUUGAAUCAUAAAUUUCAAGGUGUUGCCAUGGGUAUCGCUGGAUCUGAUGUCUCUAAACAAGCUGCAGACAUGAUUCUUCUGGAUGACAACUUUGCAUCAAUUGUCACUGGUGUUGAGGAAGGUAUGUUAAUUCUGUAAUUAAUUCUGCAGGACUAUUUCCUUUUAUUGCUAAUAUCAUACAGCUAUUUCAAUUAAGGUUGUCCCCGAGCAAAGCGGAAAAGUCGAAUACGAGCGCGAAAGGCUGCUGGGAAUCGCUUAAAAAUUAAUGAAUUUUGUAGCGAUUCCCAGCAGCCUUUCGCGCUCGUAUUCGACUUUUUCGCUUUGCUCGUGGACAACCGUAAUUGAAAUAGCUGUAUACAGGGUGUAUAAAAAAAGGUAAUCCAACUUUACUGUAGCAUGCCAUUGUACGUUAAUUACUUGGUGCAUGGAUGUAUUUUUUUCAUAAUCGUAAAGAUCAGGCUUUUUGCUGUAGGAUGACACGUUUUUCAUCCAUUAUUGAGAAAAAUGAGCAAAUACGAAUCCGAUAAAAAAUGUUUGUCGAAAGUGCAUAUUUUCACUGUUGAGGAUUGGGUCUAAAACUAUUGAAAAUUAACUCCCUUUAGGACUUAAGUUGAUUAAUUUCACUUCAAUAAAAUACCUGCGUAUGUGCAUUAGAAGUGUGCAUCGGAUCGGAUUGAAUGUUUAUAAUCCGACAAUUACCUAAUGUUUAAAAUCCGAUCCCGAAAUUGUCUAAUCCGAUCCGAUCCGAAGAAUUCUUUAAUAAAAUAAAUUUCUCAUUCAAGUUGAAAUAUUUAACCAAAUAAAUAUAAAAGCAAGAAAUACAUGUCAAGAGGCUGACAAAGUGACGUCCAAUUGAAGUAUCAACCGUGAUGAUGCUUUGAUAAAUGUAUGGAUAAUUAAUUCUUGCCGUAAUGCGUAGAUAAUUAAUUUUAUUUCGGAUAUUGAAGUCCGAUCCGACUACGAAACAACUUUAUCAAUCCGAUCCGAAAUGAAUAUUUUGGUUUCGAAAUCCGAUCGGUUUCGGUUCGGAUUUGCACACCUCUAAUGUGCAUAAUUAUUAUAAACAUCUUGUAAACCAGCUCUGAGCUCGUACACCGUUCAUGCACCGAGUAAUAACGCACAAUGGCAUGCUAAAGUUGGAUUACCUAUAUACACCCUGUAGAAAUGUAGGAAAACUAUAGACAAAGUUCGAGAAUGGCCGAUCGCGUACUAGUGUACACCUAUAACCUAUAGUAUAAAAUUUAAGCCGUGCAAGAAACAAUUUUUCUUAUGCGGAUACAUUUUAAAAUUUACAUGUGGAUAUAACGUUCUAAACCAGAAGCACUCAUGAUAAUGUCCUUUUCUUAUGAAUAAUUUUAUUAAUUUCUCUUCUGAAAUGUUACAUUAAUUACACAUGCAGGAUAAUUGCAAUAUUUGUUAUUUAGGUCGUUUGAUCUUUGAUAACUUGAAGAAAUCUAUUGCAUACACAUUAACAAGUAACAUCCCUGAGAUUUCACCCUUCUUGUUCUACAUCAUUGCCAAUGUACCACUGCCUCUUGGUGUUGUUACCAUCCUUUGCAUCGAUUUGGGAACUGAUAUGGUAAGAAUUCGUAAACACAGUAACUUGGAAAAAUAACUAAAGUAUCAAGGAAUUGGGGAAAGCAAAGACUCGCUUAUCAGGCCAUACUGGAACAACUUGGACAGAAAGAUAAAACUUUGUAGUAGUAUGUCUACAUUAAGGAGAAACUUUUUUAGCAAUCUUUGAACUUUCCCUCGUUAUAAUUCCUAAAUAUUUCUCAUAGUUAUGGUUAUGUAGUAUAUGCAUCUCUUCCUUGUAAAUUUGUUUAUUUAGUUCAGGACCUUUCUGAAAAUCACUUUGUGAGAAAGCUUCCUGAAAAUAAAUAUCAAUUUAAUAAUAACACAUUUUCAAUAAUUAUGGUACUUUAUUUGGCCAGCUACGCCUGAGUGCAUGCAUCAGCGAAACAGGAAACGCCCUGAUCCAGGGUAUUCGACGCGUUGCUUAACCCGUAUUUUGUCUUUCAGGUCCCGGCUAUCUCUCUUGCUUAUGAAAAAGCCGAAAACGACAUUAUGAAACGAUUACCCCGAGACCCUCAACACGACAGACUUGUGAACCAACGGUAAAGACAAUAAUUUACUUUCAACAAUGUUAGUGAUGAGUGCAAAUAGAGUAUUUCUUUAAUUCAAAUUGAUUAAUUAACCCACACAAAUUUUAAACUACAGGCUAAUUGCUAUGGCCUAUGGGCAAAUCGGAAUGAUUCAGGUUUGUGUCAUUUAAAUUGACUAGAAUUAAAUUACGAAGUUUAUAUAUUAAUCUAUAAUUUCUUACUAGAGGAAAAAAUUAAAGCAAGGAUUUUUUUGUCUCUCUUUCAUAGGCUUGUGCUGGAUUCUUUGCAUAUUUUGUGAUAAUGGCAGAAAAUGGAUUUUUACCAUCUCUCUUGUUUGGUUUGAGAAGUGAUUGGGACAACAGGGAUAUUCCCAACUUAACUGAUAGUUAUGGUCAAGAAUGGGUAUGUAUAGAAAAUGCAGUAGUUCCAUGUACAAAAAAUUAGCAAUGAAGUCAUAAUCACUGAAGUCUUUCCCAGAUAUUUACCAUACGUCAGACAUAUACUACUUUCGACCUUCAUUCCGUACGUCCAAGACCUCCAGCUUUUGCUAAAAACAUUACAAUACUUGCUUACACACUACGAUUUCUCGGGCCGAUUUUAACUGUACUGUUAUUCAAAACAAUACUUGAGUCGGCCCAACGAAUCGCAGUCUGAAAAUACAUCUUAAACUUCAUGAAAUAACCAAUUCUUAAGGGGUUUCCAAUCUUUAAGAUUGUUAGGUCGGCGUUAAGUUGUAUUAAUUAAAAUAUGUAUUACAAUGAUUUUAUUCAGGGCUAUCAACAACGAAAAGAACUGGAGUUUACUUGUCACACAGCCUUCUUUGUCAGUAUUGUUAUCGUGCAGUGGGCUGAUUUAAUUAUUUGUAAAACAAGACGUUUGUCUCUGUUCCAACAGGGCAUGAAGUACGUUUAUUUUUCUUCCCUUUAUCAAUUUGCUACCUUUUGUGACGAUAUUAAUAUGGGUAGCCUGGCAAACUGCUCGAAGAUUUGCUAGCUUUUGUGACAAUGGAAUUUGUCAUUUGACAAUUGCAUGUUCUGAACGGUUAGAUUACACGUUAGAGAAGGUCUUUGUUUUGUGUGGUCUAUGUCCCAUUGUUUUGUUAUCGCGCUAUCGUUUAUAUUUUAAUUUCCUAGACCUUAUUGUCUCCUUCCUCUGAAUUAUUUAGGAAUCACAUGCUUACAUUUGGUCUCUUCUUUGAGACCAUUUUGGCAGCUUUUCUUUCAUAUACCCCUGGAAUGGACCAAGGUCUGCGUAUGUACCCCUUACGGUAAGUUUAUGAUAUUCAGUAUUUUACAGUAAUGUAUACUAUGCAAGUCAAACGCCAAUGAUAAGUGUUACUGUGAACACUGAACUGUCCUCGUAAAAAUCGUCACUUACAGCAUUACCAUUGCUGAAAUAAUGCCCUUCUGACUAUCGUUUACGGCCUGGGAAAACCAGUGUUUUCCGAAUUAAGUUAGCAAAUCAGGAUAUAUGCAGUAACAUCCUAGCCAUGUUUUCCAAAGGUGUGCAAACCAGGAAGUACUGUAUUGUUUCUGCAACAAAAAUGUUUCCAAGGGUGAGACCACGGGGGACCAGUUUUGAGCUGCAAAUUUUGUAUUAAUUUGUAUUACGCGCGGGAAAAUGCACCACAUUUGGGCCGAAAGUGGUGCAUUUCCCGCGCGUAAUACAAAUUAAUACCCGAAAUUUUCUAAUUUCGUAGGGCUAUAUUUUUCUUAUUUUACAACAUUUCGCGGCCAAACUUUGCAAUUUUCAACUUUUAACAUGCUUUUUCUAGCUGUGGUGAUGGAUUUUGUUCUUCUUGCCUCGAUCAAAAUUUAAUCUAUAGCUGGAAUCAACCAUUGAUAUAAAUGUUUAAAGUUGACUGAAAAGUUGACUGAAAAGUUGACCUACAAAGGUUUCCGUGAAAUUGUCGGCCGCUAGUUUUUCGGCCUACAAAACGGCUUUUUCGUUUGACAAUUUGUAAUUUGUAGGCCUUGUUAAUUCGCACCCGAAUUUAUGAACCAUUCGAGCAAUCAUUGAAAUAUUUCCACAACAAACGUUGUUCUUAGUUGUGUCCAAGAAACAGUAAAGAUCAUCUUGUAAUUUUAUUUCCUUCAGGUUUACAUGGUGGUUGCUCGCCAUCCCAUUUAGUAUUGCUAUCUUUGUUUACGACGAAUGUAGAAAAACAAUUCUACGUAGAUAUAAGGGCUGUAAGUAUACAUUGAAAUGUUAUAUUGUGAUUAUCAUCACGUAUGUUAUUUUUAAUGAGCUCUGUGUAUCUUUCAUAUAUUUUCCACUUUACCUUUCGUUUUAUCUUUCCUAAGCUUUGUUGUGUGAUGUACCUUAUUCGUACUUAUUCGUACUCGCGAUUGUACAAAAAAUCGCGAAAUUAAAGUCGCGCGAAUAAAUUUACACACGCGAAAUUAAAUACCCUAGUCAAACGUUUGAAUCAUAAAAUUCUUGAUAACUAUGAUCAACAUGUACAGCUCAUCUAUCAAUAUAAAUAACAAAUUAUUUAUUAUUAUAAUAUAAGUGGGAUAUAACAGACAAUUUGAUUGGCUAAUGCGCGUGCAUUGUGACGCAAUAAUGCACUGUGUUCCGUGGCAGUGCCUUGCUCUUUCUGUGUUUUCCCCCCGCUUCAUCUCUGCUUUUUAGCCAAAAAUAUAAACAAAACUAUAGAGCAUUUAAAAUACAAAAAGCAGGAAGGAAUAGACCAAAGGAACAAAAAACAGUAUAAAAAUUAACCGGCUUGGCAUUCGUCGAAUUUGUUUUUGUUUCGAAUUCAAAACGAAUUCGAAGAGAAACAAGACGCUCUGCGGAGCGUUAACUCGCUGGGGCUAUACAAGUCAUACAAAUACGCACAUUACUAAGCGGAAAAGUUGAAUACGGGCGCAAUUUUAAAGGCUUAACACAGUGCUAAAAUGCGGUAGGCCCUACAAGUAAAGUUAUAUUUAGUACGCUACAUAGCCGCCACUAGUUGGUCCGUACGCUAGGCUGCUCACUGCGCUUUAAAACGUUCAAAAUAAACUAAUUUGGGGGCUUUUGGGCUCAAAAUACUGUCAAAAUGAAGAGAGAAGUAAGACGGAUCCACUGUUAUACGGCCGAAAAAGAGAAAACCAAUGAUACCAAAAUUAUCAACAAUACAAUUUCGCUUGGCUUUCAAAGACAGCCAUAAAUCGGUAGAUUACUGUUGUUUAGUAAUACAUUUGACAUCCGUAUGAGCGAUUUGUUAACAAUACAAUUUCGCUUGUGUUUCAAAGACAAAGACCAUAAAUCGCUAGAAUACUAUUGUUUAGUACAAUUUCUUACCCUGAAUCGAACGGUGAUAUUUUUAUCGUUAUUGCGCCAUGAGGCAUUACAAAUACAAGGACAAAGGUAGUGUGAGUGACUUGUCAACAUUUAUACAAUUUGACCAAUUUCGCUUGAUUUUCAAAGGCCAUAAAUCGCUAGAAUACUGCUGUUUAGUAAUACAUUUGACAUCCGUGAGUAGAAUUUCUUACGCUGAAUCGAACGUUGUCGCUUUCUUCUCAAAAUAUAUUAAAGCAGCGCAGCCAAACGUAUAAACUUGCGAUUUAAUUUGCGAACUGCGAAGGUUGCUGUUUUCGUGCGAAAUUCCCUGUAAAAUUGUUCAAUUUUCCCAAAUUUUCCUCAAAAUGCAGGGUUAUUUAUGGAUAAUUUGGGUAAAAUUGGCAGGAGUCUUAUGGAUAAUUGGGGGGAAAAUUAGGCAGCUCAUUAAUAUUCUAUUUUGUGGCUAUCGACGAUUGGAGAUUGCCGAUCCAAGAACAGAGCCGAAACCUAUACUCGUCUGGGGCAUCCUACAGGAUGCCCCAGCGAGUAAAAAGCGUGCAAAAUAGUCGAGAAAAAACUUGAAAAGAUACAGGAAUACCAAAAACGUAGAAUGCUUCGAUGCUUCUGAUAAAAGCUGCUAGAUAUAUUUUCAGCGAAAGGCAAAAAAUACAAUAAUUUCAAAAAUUAAACCUGAGCAACACGACGAAACCUACGAUUUAACGUCCUUCGUGGCAAAUCCGGCAGCCCAAAUGCAUAAAAACAUUAGCAAAUCAGUCUGUAAGUUCUUUGUAUGUUUGCAUGGCGAUGAAACCAUAGAUAUCUAAUAUACACUAGAUAGCGCAUAUCGUUUAGUAAAAUUGAAGCCAAGAGUAUUCCAGCGGUUACCCCCAUUUGAAUAGAUGGCGGCCAUGUUGGUAGUUCCCACUCGCUAAUAAACGCUUAAAAAACAACAUUAACUUCCAUCAUUUGAAUAGUUUAAAAAUGUAUUUGGAAUAGGUUUAACUUAAUGCUUAAGUUCCCUGUUUAAGAAAGAGAAAACAUACGAAUCUUCUCAUUUCAUGGGAAUAUCCUGAGUCUGCAAUCACGGCUUCAAUUUUUGAAUUGCAGAAUAAUUAGAUGCACUAUCUAGUGUAUAUAAGAUAUCUAUGGAUAAAACAUAUAAUAGUUUUGUUUGUGGAAACACCACGUAAAUUUAUUACUGCAGUAAUAAAUUCACGUGGUGUUUUUCCACAAACAAAACUAUUAUAAAUCAGUCUGUGUAUCACUGGGGUUUUUCCCCAGCAUUUUAAACAGUUUCUCCGCAACUUUAGCAUCAAAACUUUCUCAAAAUUUUGUAUUGUUUUUGCUCCUUCGCUCGCUUGAAAAUUCAAGCGACAGUAAAAGCAUGCGCGUGACGUCACCGAGUACAUGUUAGGAGAAUUUCAAUGUUGAUCUUUUGAGUAAAAUUGUUUACCAUGUAAUAUCUUCUACUUAUAUUAUUUAAGAAAUAGAAAAACUCGUCUCGUGCGUUUACGGUGUGAUAAUGCACUCGGGGAAUGUUGGGAGAACACUCGGCUACGCUUCGUGUUGUACACGCUUCUCUUGUAUUCUCCCAACAUUCCCCGCGUGCAUUAUUACACCAUAAACGCACGCGACUCGUUUUCUAUUUCUUAAAUAAUAGUCUUAGUAUAUUAAGCUACAGUUUGCAUUUUGUGUUACCGGCAAUAAAGAGGAGUAAAAACCUUGCGGACUACCGUACAGACAGUAUAUACCUUAUGUUGACUUGUAUCGAAAGUUGUAGUUCAGAUUUUUACAGAAUAUAAAAUGUUGUUCCGAAGCUUUCGCUAAAUUUAAUGCCCUUUUUCCAUUUUCCCCUAUCAAAAUCGCGAAAAUAUUAAAAGUAUCGUGAAAUAUUGCAUGCCUCGAAAAAAGCGCGAAAUUAAGUACGCGCGAAAUUAAGUACGAAUAAGGUAAUGUAUAUUCCUUGGGUCCUUUAAGCAAUUUCUAAUACUGUUAGAGCAUCGCCGUUACCACUUGAGAUAUCUUGCUAGUGAAGGGCGAACGUAGGGUGCUGUUGUUUGAUUGUGACUAUAUAUAUCUGACUUUGAUAUGUUCGAAAAUACACAUAUGUAAAUAGAGUUGUGGUUGGUUAUCUCCACUGGUUAUCUUUUGUGCUUCCAGUUUGUUUCUCCGUGCUACCCUGUCACAUAAGCUAUCCGGUAAGCACGUAUGGGUCGUUUGAUCAGAUAAAGGAUGAUUAAUACAUUCUAACUAUUUUUCUUUCGUUCUGUAGGUUGGCUUGACCAAGAGACAUACUAUUAAGAAACAAUUUGUGUUUUUAGAAAUGAUUUUUGUGAUGUUAUACGAAAGGUUUUAGUUUUUGCUUUGGCAUGUUUAGCACACGGCGACACCUUAUCCUUGAUUUUUCAGCGGAUAAUGAAUAUUAAUUUGUACCCUUGAUUUAAUUAUUUCAAUGUGCAUUGCGAUCAGUAAGAAUGAGUUAUUGACAAGAAAAUUAUUUCCAGAAAUUUUUGGUAUGUAUAGCGAGAAUGUGCAGCGAUCGGUUGCGGUUUUUCUGCGACAUAAUUAAAUUAUGAUUUAGAUUAUUUCAAAUGACACUUUAUAAAAUCUUUAAAUUAUGUUAAAGAAAAACUGCAACAAUGGAAAUCGCUUUGGCGUCGCUUAGGUCAAAUUUGACUUUAUUUAUUUAUACCCUAUAGGUUAGGAAUUGAAUUAAUAUUUUUAGCUAUAUUCUUACUUCAGCCUUCUAUUAAAUGUUGACUUGAUUUCAAAAUGUUGAAUAAAUAUUUUAACGUUUAUUCGAAACUAUUUACCAAUAAAACUUGGAAAUUUUUCCAACUUGUAUUUUUGUUUCGUUAAAAUUAAUCCGCCUUUCCGAUGUUGAUGAGGACCGAACGUUCAAAAGGGUG